AUGGGACAUGAGCCACAGGCAGCACAUGCGCUACUGGCGCCACUCGCGUCGGCACUACGAGUGAGUGCAGCAGACACCCCAGCGGUUCGCUCGGCGAGGGCCCAAGAGCUGCGGAAGCAACAGAAAUUUUUGCUGAAACUUCACCACAUGCAGCAGAUGGCCCUUCUUGAGCGGCAACGCUUGGAGCUCGUUGAGAUGUCGGAGAGAAUGGCGGCUUUCCCCAAGCCCACCGGCGCUGAUUUGGCGACUCCAGGCAUUCCGCCGGUACAAAAAGAGCAGAAAGACCGGAAAUCUAAGGCUCAGGAUCCUUGGUCAUGGGAGGAUGGUGUGGUGACAACCGUGAUGAUCCGUGGUAUCCCACGCCACUGGACUCAACAGACGUUGCUCAAAACGGUGGCCGAUGAGGGGUUCGAGGAGCAGGUUGACUUCCUCUACGUGCCCUUGGACGGCAAACAAAGGGAGGCGAAGGCGAAUGUGGGCUAUGGCUUUGUGAAUUUCCAUGACGCAGAGCUGGCCUUGAAGUUUCGGAAUUCUUUCGAUGGGCGGGUCCUACAUCAUCACACCCCUCGGAACAAAGCAGUUCGUGUUCAUCCAGCUUCCAUCCAAGGGUACGAUGCAAAUGUGGCGUACUUCAUGGACAAGAAGACCGCGGAUCACCCUUCUUUCAGCCCUUUGAUUUUUCCGGUUGCCGGGAACAAGCGGAGGGGUAGUCAGGCAGCCAAGGGGCACUCUUGCUGA